CGCUGCUUGUUUUGGAGGAAGUGAACAGAGCUCCGUUCAGCUAGCAGUUAGCCGCUUAGCCUGACAGGAAAAGUGAGUGCCUAAACUGCCCAUCAUAUUUAGUCAUUUUACUCCGACAUUAACAGUAUUGAUUUUGACAGGUAGGGUUAGUGGAGAGCCUAACUUUGGGAAAGCUGUCGUCGCCCUAAACGUGUUGUUUUGUGUAACGUUAGUCGGAGCUUUUAGCGCGUCAAGCUAGCUCUUCCAUCACAGGCGGAGGAAAAAGUCCACCUUUGAUUUUUGUACAUUUCUUUUUUUUUUAUCUGAGGGCUCUUCGUCCAGCUGUGGAACCAUGACGUCAAGGAAGAAAGUUCUACUCAAAGUCAUCAUCCUUGGAGACUCUGGAGUCGGGAAGACCUCAUUAAUGAACCAGUAUGUGAAUAAGAAGUUCAGCAACCAGUACAAAGCCACAAUCGGUGCUGAUUUCCUAACGAAAGAAGUUAUGGUAGAUGACAGACUUGUCACAAUGCAGAUUUGGGACACAGCAGGUCAAGAGAGGUUCCAGUCUUUAGGUGUAGCCUUCUAUCGUGGAGCAGACUGCUGUGUUCUGGUGUUUGAUGUGACUGCGCCCAACACCUUCAAGACCUUAGACAGCUGGAGGGACGAGUUCUUGAUUCAGGCUAGCCCACGAGACCCUGAGAACUUCCCUUUUGUGGUGCUGGGGAACAAGAUUGACCUGGAGAACCGACAGGUAACAACCAAACGAGCACAGGCUUGGUGUCAGAGCAAGAACAACAUCCCGUAUUUCGAAACCAGCGCCAAGGAGGCGAUCAACGUGGAGCAGGCCUUUCAGACUAUUGCACGCAAUGCUCUUAAACAGGAGACCGAAGUGGAGUUGUACAACGAGUUCCCCGAGCCCAUAAAGCUGGACAGGAACGAGCGAGCUAAGCCUUCAGCAGAGACCUGUAGCUGCUGAGGACGCUGAAGACCAUCAGGGGCUUUUCAUCGCCCGCAUCACCCUGUCUUGCCUUGUCUAUUUAUCCUCUGUCCCAUGGCCCCACUGUUAUACCCUAAUGUCUAACAUACAGGCAGCAUCCCACUCAUGAGUAUAUUAUUGCACACACAUGCACACACGCACAAACACACUACACAUUUUCUAUAAAAUAGUCUUUUAGUCCAAAGAACAUGUCAAGGAAAGAACUAGGUGUUUUUGUUUGAUGCUUGUUUUUCCCCAGUCUUCAUACUCGUUUCAGGUGGUUUGGCCUCAAUUUCCUUCUGUUUCACACAUUUCUGCUUUCACUCCCAGUGUAUUUUGAUACUUAAAGUGGGAAAUCAAAGCAUUACUUCUGUAUGUAUUUUGAACUUUUGACUUCGAUUAGACAAGCAUUUUUUUGUUGUUUUUUUUAAUCAAAAAUGUCUAAUUGUGGUGGUUAUUUUCUCUGUCAGUCUACCACUGCUGCACGAACAGAGGAAACACUGCUGCUUCACGUUUUACUUCAAAUACUCGUUACCAUGGUAUAAAACCUAAACCACAUGUAAGAAAUGUUUCUACAUCAGCAGGGCUUUUGUGUGAAGGUAAGCGAGUAGAUCAGAUGAUAAUGAAGGCUGGUUUCUUAAAAUUGGCAUAUAAUUGAGAAUUAAGUUUAAAAAAAAAGUCUGUCUAGCAAGUAUGUACAGUUUUUUUUCUUUAGUUUGCAAUCAUGCUGUCAGUAGCUUAAAUUUAUGGAGACGACUCCUUUUGAGCCACAAUAAAUGUAACUGUAGCUCAGGUUGUGACUUUUGAUCUAAGCGCUGUUCCUCUGUCGGGAAAAUGAAGGUUCAUCUUGUAAUCUUUUAAAUUCAUACACCAUGCGACAUGGGAAGCAACCGAAUCAAGGCAGCACGUCGGUCUACCUGAUAGACCUGGGGGAGAGCGUUUUCUGAAAUAACUCCUAUUAGCAACUAGGUUUCAUUUACAAGACUGUGUACAAUUGCAACUCUUUCAAUCAUGGUUUAGGGAAGGCAUAAAAGCUGUUGUAAAUCUCCAUAUCUGACUCUGCCAACUUGCUGGUGGCAGUUCAAGUGCUUCUUUAUUUUAACUGAUUGGAUCUUUAAUUGUUCAUUUGUAUAAUACUGAGUUAGAAAUUCAUUAUAGAGCCUAAAAUAGCACACAUACUGUAACUCUGAAAAUCUAAAAAGAAACAUGGAAGUAUUUGGCAUUCAUCAUUGUUGUAAUAUGGUAAUGCACAACAUCUACAUUGUUUCAAAAUGUCUUUGCGUUUCCAGUAAUAUGGAUAAUAAAAAUCUUGAAUUAA